AUGCUGCCGACAAUCCAUCAAUAUCUGUGUGGAGAAGAUGACUACAAGUUUUUGCCAUCUCAUUGGCGCAAUUCAACAUUCGCUACCCUACCACACGUCACCGAAUGCACCCAACAUGUCGAACUCAGCUGGGCGCCCUUCAUUUUUCUUCUAGUUUUUAGUCCUUCUCUCCUACUUGAUCUCUUCCGCAGCCAAAACGGAAAACUCCGAACGUUUACCCCGAUUACCCUACGGAUCUAUAUCUGCAUUGUCUUAGUGUUUGAUCUCACCAUUUCUCUACUCUACAACCUGGCAAAUGUUAUUAAAGAGGAACCGGACGCCGGAAUCUAUCUGUUUGGCGAUAUUCCGCAAUAUCUCGGAGCUUGUGCCGCAUUGGUGUUCCUUUAUGCAUCAAAAAACCGUGGACUUGUGACAUCAGGAGUCCUAUUUAAUUAUUGGCUACUGUGCUGCCUGUGUGGAUUUACGGAGUUCCGAUAUAUUAUCAGCCUGUGGUGGCAUGGGGUAGAAAGUCCGGCAAUCGAUCAGUUCCGGUUUUUCCUCUACGCUAUCGGCUAUCCGCUUUACAUAUUGGAAUUGAUUCUGUCCUGCUUUGCCGAUCUGCCGGAACGAAACUAUGGAGGGAAAAAAGAAUGCCCGGAGAUGCAAUCGUCAUUUCUCAGCCAAAUCACGUUCAACUGGUUCACACCCUUGGCACGGCUCGGCUACAAGAAGUCCUUGGACAAGGAUGAUCUCUGGAAUUUGAAUGAUCGGGAUAAGACCUGGACGCUGCUGCCAAACUUCAUGACUUACUUCCAACCCCAACACAAGGCCUACCAAGAAAAACGUCGAGCCGCCGGCAACUCCUUCGAGCUGAAGGAAAAAGAGUUCCCCUCCAUCCUGAAGCCGAUCUUCCAAACCUACAAGAUGACAUUUUUGGCUGCCGGGUUUUAUAAGCUGAUUUUCGAUCUGCUUCAAUUUGCCUCGCCUCAUCUUUUGAAGCAGCUAAUUACAUUCAUCCAGGACCACAAUCAACCUGUCUGGGUUGGUGUUGCAAUCGCCAUGACGAUGUUCAUUGUUGCACUGCUGCAAUCAAUGGUUCUCCACCAAUACUUCCACGACAUGUUCCGUCUUGGCAUGAACAUCCGCUCGGUUUUGACAUCAGCAGUCUAUAAGAAGGCGCUUCUCCUAUCCAACAACGCUAGGAAAAACCGAAACGUUGGAGAAAUUGUUAACUUGAUGACCGUGGAUAUCCAACGCGUUCAGGAUAUGACGACAUUCGUAAUGCUCUUCUGGUCUGCUCCUCUUCAAGUCACCCUUUCCAUCUACUUCCUCUGGCGUCUUCUCGGUUUCUCCGUCCUGGUCGGCGUGCUGAUCCUCAUCCUCAUGAUCCCCUUGAACAUCUGGAUCUCCAUGAAAAUGAGGACAUAUCAGCAAACGCAAAUGAAAUAUAAGGACGAGAGGUUGAAGAUGAUGUCUGAGAUUUUGAACGGCGUCAAGGUGUUGAAACUGUAUGCCUGGGAAAAGAGCAUGGAGCAGAUGGUUUUGGAGAUACGCAUGAAGGAGAUCCGCGUCUUGAAAGAGCUGGCUUUCCUGAACGCGGCGACAACGUUGUCCUGGAGCUGUGCGCCGUUUUUAGUCGCUGUUCUUACUUUCGGUGUCUACGUGACGGUGGACCCGGUGAACAACGUGCUAACUCCGCAAAUCACAUUCGUCGCCUUGACCCUGUUCAAUAUCAUGCGAUUCCCGUUGGCCAUCUUCGCCAUGAUUUAUACCCAAGCCCUUCAAUGUCACGUCUCAAACAAUCGUCUGAAAGGGUUCUUUGCCGAGCAGGAAAUGGAACCUCAGCUUCUUAAUGCCAAGGAUACUAGUGAAGAUGCCAUUCGAAUCGACCAAGGAAACUUCACCUGGGAGUCAUCGGAGGAAAAUCCUUUGCUAAAGAAUUUGAGUCUAUCCAUUCCGCGUGGUUCUCUUGUCGCUAUCGUUGGAAAAGUCGGAUCCGGAAAGAGCAGUUUGUUCAGCGCCAUGCUAGGAGAAAUGAAUCGCGUUGGCGGCCACGUUGACAUAAUGGGAAAUAUUGCAUAUGUUCCGCAGCAAGCAUGGAUCCAGAAUAUGUCACUUCGAGACAACAUCCUAUUCAAUAAGCCGUUUGAUCGAGAAUUUUACGAUAGAGUCAUUGAAUGCUGCGCUCUAAAGCCCGAUCUAGCUACGUUGCCAGCUGAGGAUAUGACUGAAAUUGGUGAAAAGGGCAUCAAUCUCUCUGGUGGCCAAAAGCAACGCAUUUCACUGGCUCGUUCGGUGUAUUCUGGCGCUGACAUCCUCCUCCUUGAUGACCCCCUUUCCGCUGUUGAUGCACACGUCGGAAAACAUAUCUUCGAACAAGUCAUUUCAUCCGAUACUGGUGUUCUAAAGCAUACCACCCGAAUUUUAAUCACCCACGGCCUGCAUUUCCUGAAAUAUUGCGACCAAAUCGUGGAGCGUUUGGAGAAUUUUUUGGAAGAAUAUCUGGUCGAAGAGGCAAAGACCAGAGGCCGAUCUGUAUCUUUCGGAGAAGAUUCUGAGGACGUCAGCGAACUACUCAAUGAAAUCGAAAAAGUGGCGCCAGAGAAGAGGAAGCGGAUUGAGUCUCAAAUUAGUCAAGUCCAUUCAUCUACGGAGAGUUUGAACAAACAGCCACCAACUCCCAUCAAACGAAAGGUAUCUGUUGCUCCAUCGCUGUCAUCCCCAAAGGCGAAAGAAGAGCUUGGAAAAGCUGAAAAGGAAGAGGUUCCAUCAAAUGAUGAGAAGAAGGCGUUGUUGGAUAAAGAAGCCUCUCCGGUUAAAGGAAAGCUUGUUGAGAAAGAGGGAAUGGAGACUGGAAAGGUGAAAUGGACUGUUUACACUGUCUAUUUGGCGGCUAUUGGAUAUGGUAUCGCUGCGCUUUUCCUUGGAGUCUAUAUUUUCAGCAGUGUCCUUGGUGUAUUUUCCAAUCUGUGGCUCGCUAGAUGGUCUGACGAUGCUAAGAAAAUCCAGGGCGAUUCAAAUGGCGAAAACCAAACGAGAUACCGUCUAUUGGUGUAUGCUGGAUUGGGCGUUGGUCAAGCCUGCUCAAUCUGUGCCGCUUCCAUUAUUAUGGCUCUCGGUAUGGUGCGAGCUUCAAGGAUUUUGCAUGAAGGGUUCCUGGAAAAUAUCCUGCAUAGUCCAAUGAGCUUCUUCGAUACAACACCACUUGGUCGUAUUUUGAAUCGAUUCGGAAAGGAUAUCAAAUGCGUCGACACCGAACUGCCGGAAUCGAUCGGCGAAUUCCUGUACGCAUCCGGCGAAGUGCUGCAGUCAUUUCUGAUCCUGAUCUACGUGCUUCCGAAAGCUUCGAUCUUCUACUCCCUCCUCGUCGUUGGCAACUAUUUCAUCUUGGUACUGCCUCUACGCGUAUCUUCUUCUUUCCUGCAUGGCUUUAUGUUUGAGAGAAUGGCCCUGACGGCAUUCCAAGUGGUCGCCACCCUAUUCGUGAUCGCCUACUCGACCCCAUCAGUGAUGCUCCCGUUCUCGAUCCUGUUCAUCGGCUACUAUAUCGUCUUGGAUAUCGAUAUGCUGGAUAGUCGUCUCCCAUCGAGCGUGCUGACUUUUGUCGGAGCCCUCGUGCAGGCGAUCGCCAUCGCUAUCGUCUCAUUCUACGCAACCCCUAGUGCUGCAUGGCCGUCGAUUGGGCUGCUCGUCCUCUAUCACUAUCUCAGGGAUGUGGAUGCGAUAGACGCCACCCUACCCCGCUCGUUGCUGUCCUUCACGCGAAUCGUUCUGAACGUGGCCGAAAUUCUGAUCGUACUCGGCUGGGCGAGCCCAAUCAUUAUCCCGUCCACCCUACCGCUUGCCGCUUUAUAUGCCCUGCUUUUGCGCUUCUAUGUAUCGACGUCUCGUCAACUAAAACGUUUGGAAUCGACGACACGCUCGCCGAUUUAUUCGCAUUUCCAAGAAUCGAUCCAAGGCGCUUCAUCAAUCCGAGCCUACAAUGUUGUCGACAAAUUCAUCCAAGAAUCUGCGACCAGGGUCGAUGAUAACUUGGCUACCUAUUAUCCGAGUAUUGUUGCUAAUCGCUGGCUAGCUGUUCGACUGGAACUGAUCGGAAAUAUGAUCGUGUUGUUUGCGGCUUUGUUCGCAGCCCUGUUCCGUGACACACCUGGCUUGACGGCCGGUCUGGUCGGAUUGUCGGUCUCUUAUGCUCUAAACAUUACGCAAACACUAAACUGGGCCGUCAGAAUGACCAGCGAGCUCGAGACUAACAUUGUGGCCGUUGAAAGGAUAAAGGAAUACACAGAAACACCUAGGGAAGGCAUGGAAUCAAAUGAAAUCCCGGAGGAAAAAGAUUGGCCACGCACUGGGGAGAUCAUCUUCAAGGAUCUGUCACUACGUUAUCGCUCCGGAUUGGACCUUGUUCUCUAUGAAGUCAAUGCAACCAUAAAACCAUCGGAAAAGAUUGGAAUUGUUGGAAGGACCGGGGCCGGAAAGUCGUCAUUGACGCUUGCACUCUUCCGUAUCAUUGAAGCAGAAAAGGGAAUAAUUCUCAUCGAUAAUGUCGAUAUUGCUAAACUGAAACUGGAGCGUCUCCGAUCUCGUUUGACUGUGGUUCCUCAAGAUCCAGUCUUGUUCUCCGGCACCCUGAGGAUGAACUUGGAUCCUUUCAAAACCUAUACGGACGCGGAAAUCUGGCAGGCACUUGACAACGCCCAUCUUGGUUCGUUUGUCGGUGAUUUGCAGGAGAAGCUUUCGCAUCAGAUCCAGGAAGGAGGUGGCAACUUGAGUGUGGGCCAGCGACAGCUGUUGUGCUUGGCAAGGGCGUUACUCAGAAAAACGAAGAUCCUGAUUCUGGAUGAAGCUGCAGCGGCAGUUGAUAUGGAAACCGAUGCACUUAUUCAGAAAACAAUCAAAGAGCAAUUCAGCGAGUGCACAGUGCUUACCAUCGCCCAUAGACUAAAUACGGUAAUGGAUUCGGACCGUUUAAUGGUCCUGGAACGAGGAUCAAUCGUUGAAUUUGAUGCUCCAAGGACAUUGCUUGAAAACAAGAAUGGCGUCUUCUAUUCAAUGGCUAAAGAUGCACAACUUGUC